GAAGCCUCUUCGGCCAGACCUCUUUCACCGGAAGCGGGCGCCCGUGUGGCCCCUUCCGUUUCCGCAGGGGUCAGUGGGCGGCGUCGCGGCUCCGUUUCCGCCUGCCUCUCUUGUCGGCUCCGGCCGGGCAUGGCGGCGGCGGCGGCGGCUGCAGCGGCGGCCCUCACACAGGGCCUGGAGCGCAUCCCGGACCAGACCGGCUACCUGGUCAUCUGCGACGGCGCCGUCCUGGCGUCGGCCGGCGACCUGGAGAAUGACGAGCGCACGGCGGGCGCGAUGGCGGAGCUGGUGAGCACGGCCUGCGCCUUCCGGCUGCCGCGCGGCCCGGAGCUGCCCUUCCGCCGCGUCUCGGUGGUCUUUGGGGAACACUCCCUGCUGGCGACCGUCUCCGGCCAGAAGCUCUUCGUGGUGAAGCGGCUCAACAGCGUCCCGGAGCCCGUGGUCGUCUGAGCGGCGGGGAGGAGGGCGCCGUCUGCUGCUUCGCCCCCCCCCCCCCCCCCCCCCCCCCCCCCCCGAAGCCUGAGGCGGAGCGGGACCCCCCCCUCCCCCCCCCCAACAAAAGCCGGAAGGAGACCCUCCCCUCACCUGCCGCCUCUCCUUCGGGCGGUUCCCUCCUGGGCCACCUCUGCCGUUUCUGCCCCUGCUUGGGCCGUGGUUCCCAUCCUCCACAAAUGCCUGGCAUUUGGUCGAAAGAUGCCAAAGCAUUUCCCUGCCUGAUCAUCCCGGGGAGAUGCUGCUUUGGUGGGAGUUGGCCUGUGGAGAAGCAUCCACCGAGCUUUUUAUAUGCCGUUCGCUGUUCCGAGGGGGAGCAAAGCAAACCAGUUUCCACAUUGUAUGCUUGCUAGCUGCUUUCGGCUGCCUGAAACCAGCGAAAGAUCUAGGCGACCGGUGGAGAUCCAGCAGUGAUUGUUAAAUCCGACCACGCCUUGAGAUCGGGUGAAUUCAUUGGAAGUAGAGGAAGAAAGAGGGAUGGUGCCAGAGGACAAACCAAGAGAUCCAUUAAGCGUGUUAUUUGCCGGCCAGCCAGUGCAGUUUAUUUGUAAGCACAUACAUACAGAGUUGGAGUUGCUUCUGAAUGAAUAAAAAAUAUAAAUAACAAAAAUUAAAUAAA